AUGCGGACGUACCGCGGAAACUGCCACUGCGGCGCAGUGGUGUUCGAGGCAGAGCUGCCGGAGAUCACGUCGGUGCACGAGUGCAACUGCAGCAUCUGCCACAAGAAAGGCUACCUGGGCUUGUUCCCGCACGCCGACGCCUUUCGCUUCGUCAAGGGCUCCGACGUGGACAUGACGUCGUACACGUUUGGGCCCAAGAAGCUGGUUCACAAGUUUUGCCCUACCUGUGCGACGCCCCUGAUGGCGGAGUUUGUCGACGCUCCUCCGGAGAAGCGGUGGGUGCUGAACGCCCGCGCCAUCCAGGGCCUCGACCUGUGGAACUUCCCAAGGGAGCACUUCGACGGCACGAAGCUCGGGGACGUGUACGAGCCGCCGGCGUACCAGGGCGCACUGCCGUCUGCGGCGGCGACGGACACGGACACGAAGCUGUACACGGGCAGCUGCCACUGCGGGAGGGUGGGCGUGGCGCUGGUGAGCAAGCCGCUGGACGAGACGUUUGACGAGCGGCGCGUCGAGUGCAACUGCAGCAUCUGCGAACGGAACGCCUACUACUGGAUCUACCCGGCGCGGAGCCAGGUGGUGCUGGCGGGUGACGAGGCUGACAUUGGGCGGUACGCGUUCGCGCGGCGCUUCCUGACCAAGACGUUCUGCCGCGUGUGCGGCGUGGCCAUGACCAACGACGCAAACCCGAAGCAGGACGAGGUGCCAGCCGAUUUGCAGGCCGGGCUGGCGGAGUGGACGACGAAGCACCACCCGGUCAACCUGCGCGUCUUCCCGGACGUCGACCUGGCGCGCCUGAAGCCGGCGGAGCGCUUCGACGGCGCCACCAAGCUGCCGCCGGCGUACGUGAACCCCUGA